AUGUUCCCUCUGAUUGUUAUCUUCCUUCUCCUGCAGCUUCCUGCAUUAGUGUGUAAUUUAGAUUACGAAGACUGCCUUCACCAAAGGAGCACCAGUGUGCACAAGGAUGGAGACGUGGUGAUUGGGGGUUUUUUCUCUCUUUAUGCCCAUAUAUACUACACUGGUAUCUUCAACAUAAAGCCUCUUAAGGAUUUCUAUACCAUGCCGCUUAUGCCCAACAACAACCAGAACUAUCUAGCCUUCAUUUUUGCCAUAGAAGAGAUCAACAAGAAUCUUCAUCUUUUACCCAACAUAUCUCUGGGUUAUGAGUUCCAUAAUUUAAUUCAUAGCCAUUGGAGGAUAUUAGAAAAUUCCUUCAUUUUGCUCACAGGACAACAUGAGAUCCCUAAUUACAUGUGUGGGACAGAAAGUCAAUCUGUAGCAGUACUAUCAGAAACUUUAUGGGGAACUUCCACUCAGAUUGGACCACUGUUGGAACUCUACAAAUUUCCACAGGUUACCUUUGGUGCUUUUGAUACUAUGCUGACUGACAGUGGCCAGUACCCUUCUCUCUAUCAGGUGGCCCCAAAGGAUGCAUCUUUGGCCCUUGGUAUGGUGUCCUUAAUGCUUCAUUUCAGCUGGACAUGGGUGGGCCUGCUCAUCACAGAAGGCCAUAAGGGUCUUCAGUUUCUCUCAGAUAUAAGAGAAGAGAUGGACAGGAACAAAGUUUGUGCAGCAUUUGUGAAAAUGGUCUCAACUACUGUUGUGUCCUAUCUCUCAGCUACCAAGACGCAUGAUAUCUUGACCAGAGAAACAGCAUCAGUAAAUGUGGUUAUUAUUUACUAUGAUAUUGAUAUUCUAAAUGAUGUCAAUUAUAACAUAGGGCAGCACUUAGUGACAUGGAAAGUCUGGGUCACAAACUCACAAUGGCACGCGGACAUGGCUGGGAGAAAUUUCAUACUUGACCCAUUCCAUGGAAUUCUUGUUUUUUCACACCACCAUGAGGAGAUUUCAGGUUUCCAAAAUUUUGUCCAGGAAGCUACCCCGUUCAAAUACCCAGAAGACACUUACCUUGUUAUGUAUUGGUCCAAGAACUUUCGUUGCUCACUCUCGGAUUCUGACUGUGCACUGAAGAACUGUACACCUAAUGCUUCUCUGGCUUGGUUGCCUCCAAAUAAGUUUGACAUGGCCAUGAGUGAUGAGAGUUACAGUAUUUACAACGCUGUGUAUGCUGUGGCCCAUGCCCUCCAUGAGAUGCUCUUUGAAGAAGUACAAAUGCCACCAAUGAGAAAUAGAGAAGUGACGAUGUCUUCUCCCUGGCAGCUGCACCCCUUUCUGAAAAACACCCAGUUUAACAAUUCUGCUGGAGACCAAGUGAACUUGGAUAAUAGAAGAAAACUGGAUUCAGAGUAUGACAUUCUCAAUUUCUGGAAUUUCCCAGAAGGCCUUAGACUUAAAGUCAAAUUAGGAACAUUUUCCCCACAUAUUUUACUUGGGCAAAACAUGUCUGUAUCUAAGGAUAUGAUCGAGUGGGCCACAGGAAUUACACAGACUCCACGGUCUGUCUGCAGUGAGAGUUGCAAUCCUGGGUUUAGAAAGACCUCUCGGGAGGGAAAAGCUGCCUGCUGUUUUGACUGCAUCCCUUGCCCGGAAAAUGAGAUCGCCAAUCAGACAGAUAUGGAACAAUGCAUGAAGUGUCCAGAUCAGCAGUAUGCCAACCCUCAGAAAGACAACUGCCUCCAAAAAUCCGUCACUUUUCUGGCCUAUGAAGAUUCCUUGGGGAAGGCUCUAACUUGCACAGCCGUGAGUCUUGCUAUUCUCACAGCUGCUGUUCUUGAGCUAUUUGUAAAGCACCAAGAUACUCCCAUUGUCAAAGCCAACAACCGGGCUCUCAGUUACGUUCUGCUCAUCUCCCUCAUCUUCUGUUUUCUCUGCCCCUUGCUCUUCAUUGGCCGUCCCAACACAGCCACCUGCAUCCUCCAGCAGACCACAUUUGGAGUGGUGUUUACAGUGGCCAUUUCCACUGUUUUGGCCAAAACUAUUACUGUGGUGCUGGCCUUUAAGGUCACUGCUCCAGGAAGAAGGAUGAGGAAGCUCUUGGUAUCAGGUGCACCUAACUCCAUCAUCCCCACCUGUUCCUUAAUCCAACUCACUCUCUGUGGAAUCUGGAUGGGGACAAAUCCACCCUACAUUGACACAGAUGCUCACUCGGAACAUGGCCACAUCAUCAUCCUCUGCAACAAAGGCUCCCUCACUGCCUUCUACUGUGUCCUGGGAUACCUGGGCUCCCUGGCCCUGGUGAGCUUCACCGUGGCUUUCCUGGCCAGGAACCUGCCUGACACAUUCAAUGAAGCCAAGUUCCUGACAUUCAGCAUGCUGGUGUUCUGCAGUGUCUGGGUCACCUUCCUCCCCGUGUACCACAGCACCAAAGGGAAGGUCAUGGUGGCCAUGGAAGUCUUCUCCAUCUUGGCCUCCAGUGCAGGGCUGCUGGGCUGCAUCUUUGUCCCUAAAUGUUACAUUAUUUUGUUAAGACCAGAUAGGAAUUCUCUAGGUACAAUCAGAAAUAAAACACAUUCAGGGGGAAAGCCUUCUUAA